AUGUGCCUGAUUAGGGAGAAUCGGGAGAGGCGGAAAAGCAACUGUUACGCAAUCGGAUGGCUUCCCUUCAUCAUUAUCCUGGCCAUGUUGGUCUGGUCCUAUCACGUCUUGGUCUACCAGAUCUGCAUUCUAAAAGUCGAGGACUACGUCAUCAUGGGAAUUCUGCUGGUUUUCUACCAUCUGCUGCUUUUCAUGUUUCUGUGGACUUGGUUUAAAUGCAUUUGCGUGGCUCCAGCUAAGAUUCCAGAUCAGUGGAAAAUCUCUGCGGAGGAUGUGGACAGAUUGAAGCGAACUGAGGGGGCGGAGAAUGUGUCGCGAAUUCUAAGUUAUGCUGCCAGGAAUCUACCCAUUUCCACCUGCACGCCCGAGGGAUCGGUGAGAUAUUGCAAGACCUGCUGGAUAAUAAAGCCGGAUAGAGCCCAUCACUGUCGCACCUGCCACGUGUGUGUCCUCAAGAUGGAUCACCAUUGCCCAUGGGUGGUGAACUGCGUCCACUUCCACAACUUCAAGUACUUCAUACUCUUCCUUUUUUACGCCGAGCUCUAUAUGUUGUUCCUCUUCUGCGUGAUGCUCUAUGAGUUUUACCUGAUCUGCGGAUUUGAUCUGAAUUACCUGAGAUAUGAGCAUACUUGGAACCUCCUGCAGCAUGUCGUUUGCAUUAUCUUCAACGUUUUCACUCUGAUAAUGUACGUUUCCAGCGUUUUCAAUGUAUCCCGAAAUCGCACCACCAUGGAAUCGGCAUAUCCUUCCUACUUUUUCGUUGGCGGUAAGAACUCACAUGGCUUUAAUUUGGGGUGUUGUGAAAACUUUCGAGAACUACUCGGCGAUAAAUGGUACCUCUGGCCCAUUCCAAUUUUCUCCAGUCGCGGCGAUGGACUAUCAUUUCCCUUGGCCGUCGAUAGAUUAAAAGAAGUUCAUACUGAAAACCAAAGAAAAGAUGAUGGGCCAACUAGGGCUCAGAUAGUCAAAGGAAAUGUGACCAGGCUUCUGGGAAUUCAUCAUACCUCUUUCGACUGUGAAUAA